UGUGCUGAAAGAGUUGACAUUGUGAUCUUCAACUCAUAAAAGUUUGCUAUAUAUCUUGAACGUCUAAACCGGCGACUAACACUGACCAAAGACCCGUUUAGAACAUGCUACUACUAAAUCAUGUCUUCUUGAUCGUUCCAUUCCUCUCCUUAAAGAGAUACAAACAAGUCAAGUUAAAAACAAAAACCAGAGAUGGAACUGAAAAAGCAUGCACAUCAAAACAAGUACAAGUUCAAGAUACUUGUCUUAGUCAUUCUAACCAAUCUUCUCACUGCCUACAUCUUCGCCGGUCCGUCUUUAAACUUGAAACUGCCUUCUUCACCCUAUGCUAAUCAUCACCAGCUCGCUGCUACUCAUUUACUCAUUGCUGAUUUCCUCCAAAAGCUCAACUCCACCAACUUUCUUGUGCAAGCUCUUCUUAUUGAACUCACUAGUACCCUGCAGCAGAAUGAGAAACUCACCCAACUUCCUGCAAAGUUCAAUGGUAUUGAUAAUCUCUCCAAUGAAGUUAUGCUAGCGAUCGGCCCUCAUAAGCUCCCACUCGGGUACUCUCCAAGAGCGGGAUCUGAUGAGGUAUAUCCGCCCGCCGGUGCAGCCUGUAUGAGGUAUCAAGAGGAUUUGGUCAAGUACAUGACUUACCAAGUUGGUGGGGAAUGUCCAGUUGAUGAUGCAUUUGCUCAGAGGUUGAUACUUAAAGGGUGUGAACCUCUUCCUCGUAGAAGGUGUCGCCCUCGAUCUCCGCCUAACUAUGUCGAGCCAACUCCAUUACCGGACAGCCUCUGGGCAAUCCCUGCAGAUACCAGCAUUAUCUGGGAUCCUUAUACUUGUAAGAGCUAUGAGUGCCUUGUCAACCGCAAAAAUGCGCCUGGCUACUUCGACUGCAAGGAUUGUUUCGACUUGCUUGGGAGGGAGAAGACGAGGUGGAUGUUCGACAAUGGAGGAAUCGAUUAUGGAAUUGAUCAAGUUCUCAAGUACAAACCUCCAGGAACUAUCCGUAUCGGACUUGACAUAGGAGGUGGGAGUGGCACAUUUGCUGCAAGAAUGAAGGAAAGAAAUGUUACCAUCAUUACAAGCUCAAUGAAUCUGGAUGGUCCUUUCAACAGCUUUAUUGCAUCGCGGGGAUUAAUCUCAAUUCAUGUUAGUGUUUCUCAGAGGCUUCCGUUCUUCGAGAACACGCUGGAUAUAGUUCAUUCCAUGCACAUCCUGAGCAACUGGAUUCCAGACGCCAUGCUCGAGUUCACACUCUACGACAUACAUAGGGUGUUGAGGCCAGGAGGACUUUUUUGGCUUGAUCAUUUCUUUUGCACAGGAUCACAGUUGAAUGAGACUUACAUUCCAAUGCUGGACCGCGUUGGAUUCAAGAAGCUAAGGUGGAACGCUGGCAAGAAGCUGGAUCGAGGAAUGCACAAAAACGAGUGGUAUUUCUCCGCCCUGUUGGAGAAACCAAUGACAUGAUCAGGAACUAGCAAAUCAUAGUCAUGUUUGAUGCAAACGACAGAGUGUACUUAGUCUGAAAACACUGCAAAGGUAUAAGAACAUGGAAAACAAAGAAAAUUUUACUAA